UUUUAAAACAGUGUUGAUCACGUGAAAACAGUUGUACUGAGAUCAGACUCCCCAGAACACGAAAUCCAUCAGAAUGGCUCCUCAUCUUCCUCUGGUGAUUCUGCUCAUGGUUCACAGAGUUUAUGGCCAGAAUGUUGAUUCGCGUGUGAGUUACAGUCCUUUAGACAUCUGUGCACUGAAGGACUCAACAGUGAAAAUGACAUGCUUGUUUACAUACUCUGGAUAUUAUAUUACCAAUGUGUAUUGGACCAAAGAUUCUGUAAUAAAGGAUAAAGAGAUUCCAGAUCUGUCUAAUGACCCUGAAUACAGUCAGAGGCUUCAGUAUCUGGGAGAUAAACAGCAGAACUGCACCGUCAUAAUGAGUCAUGUGACACUGAAGGAUGAAGACACGUACUACUGCAGAUUCGUCGAUGAUCAAUACAAAUGGAUUGGUUAUCCAGGAGUGACUCUUACUGUCACAGAUCUUCAGGUGGAGUCUCCUGAGAGAGUGACAGAGGGAGAUUCAGUCAGUCUGACAUGUAAAAGCAGCUGCGCUCUGACUGACAGAGCAACAUUCAUCUGGUACAGAAACUCACUGAAGAUAUUAACUGAGAGUAAAUUCAGGAACACACUCAUCCUCAAUCCAGUCAGAAGAGAGGAUUCAGGCAGAUAUAGCUGUGCUGUAGACGGACACACACACGUCUCUCCUGAUGUUCAGAUCAAUGUCAUGUAUCCUCCAGUGAAUCCUGUGAUCUCCAUCAGUCCAUCUGGUGUAAUAGUGGAGGGAGAUUCAGUGACUCUGAACUGCAUCAGUGACUCAAACCCUCCUGCAGGAAUCCACUGGAUUAAAAGAGGAAUGUUUGUAGGAUCUGGAAGAAUCUUCAUCAUCUCAAAGAUCAGAUCUGAUGACAGUGGAGAAUACAAGUGCAAGUCCAUCAAUAAACAUGGAGAGAAAUACUCUGAUACUGUGACUUUAAACGUCAUGUAUCCUCCCAGGAGCGUCUCAGUGUCCAUCAGUCCAUCUGGUGUAAUAGUGGAGGGAGAUUCAGUGACUCUGAACUGCAUCAGUGACUCAAACCCUCCUGCAGGAAUCUACUGGUUUAAAAGAGGAAUGUUUGUAGGAUCUGCAAGAAUCUUCAGCAUCUCAAAGAUCAGAUCUGAUGACAGUGGAGAAUACAAGUGCAAGUCCAUCAAUAAACAUGGAGAGAAAUACUCUGAUAAUGUGACUUUAAACGUCAUGUAUCCUCCCAGGAGCGUCUCAGUGUCCAUCAUCAGUCCAUCUGGUGUAAUAUUUGAGGGAGAUUCAGUGACUCUGAACUGCAUCAGUGACUCAAACCCUCCUGCAGGAAUCCACUGGUUUAAAGGAGGAACGUUUGUAGGAUCUGGAAGAAUCUUCAGCAUCUCAAAGAUCAGAUCUGAUGACAGUGGAGAAUACAAGUGCAGGUCCUUCAAUGAAUAUGGAGAGAAAUACUCUGAUACUGUGACUUUAAACGUCAUGUAUCCUCCCAGGAACGUCUCAGUGUCCAUCAUCAGUCCAUCUGGUGUAAUAGUGGAGGGAGAUUCAGUGACUCUGAAGUGCAUCAGUGACUCAAACCCUCCUGCAGGAAUCCGCUGGUUUAAAGGAGGAACGAUUGUAGGAUCUGGAAGAAUCUUCAGCAUCUCAAAGAUCAGAUCUGAUGACAGUGGAGAAUACAAGUGCAGGUCCUUCAAUAAACCUGGAGAGAAAUACUCUGAUCCUGUGAAUUUAAACGUCAUGUAUCCUCCCAGGAACGUCUCAGUGUCCAUCAUUCAGUCUGGUCAGAUCUGGGCAGGAGAUUCAGUGACUCUGAAGUGCAUCAGUGACUCAAACCCUCCUGCUGUGAACUUCAGCUGGUUUAAGGAGAAUGAAAGCUCAGCUGUUGGAUCUGGACAGAGUUUCAGUGCACUACAGAGUGGACGCUUCUACUGUCAGGCUCACAAUCAACAUGGAUCUCAGAGAUCAGACGCUGUAACUGUCACAGUGAAAUAUUGGAGGAUAUAUCACAUUGCAAUUGUAGCAUCAGUUUGUGGAGUUGUAGCUACUGUCAUCAUUGUGUUACUAACCUGCUGGAAGAAACUACACUCCAAGUCCACCACAAACAAUUCUGAUGGCAUAAGCAUGAAGUCUGAAAAUAAAGAGAUUUCAUAUGUGUAUGAGAAUGUGGGGGCUGUUCAUCCUUGCACCAACGCUCCUAAAAUGACCUUCCCUCUGUAUGAGAAUGUAACAAUUUAUGAGAAUUGUACCGCUCACAGGAAUAUGCCGUAGUGGACGAUGGCACACACCAAAACAAUCUUCAUUUGACUGUGGGUGAAGCCCAAAUGUGACAAUGGAUACAAGUAGAAGUUAUCAUGAAAAUAUAUUGUUGCUUUAUGCAUUGUGACUUGUUUGAUUAUAAUUGCUUAUAGUUAAUACUAAUUAUUUAUUAAUUAGCUUGCCUUUAACACACACAAAUGCUUCAUGUUGCAAUUCAUGAUGUGAGCCACAAAUCAAAACGCAUCCAUAAACAUCUUAAGCCUAACUUGAUUGUAGAACAAUAGCAACAAAUGGUCUGACUCUGUUCAAUCAAAUUAUGCUUACAAUGCUUUUGGGAAACGCAGCCCAGGUCAUAGUUUGUCUUAAAGGGAUACUCCACUUUUUUU